AUGGGCGUGGCAACGGACCACCUUUCCCUCCAGGUGGAGCUGGUGUUUCCGCUUGUGGGUGACCGUAACCAGAGGCAUGGCGGAUUGCAGGCAGCUGCCCAGAACCCCGCUGAUGAGUCCGCACCAGGGACCCCAGUCCCUCAGGAUCUUGGAGCUGCCAACAAGCAGGGUGCUCUUUACAGCAAGCCCUGCAUGCCGUUCUUCUACCGAGGAGACCACAAGAAGGCAAAGAUCAUAAACAGCGAAAAGCUGGCAGCAAGGCCUGGAGAAGAGUAAGCUGCCAUGUGACUGUUUACAAUAUAGUCUGAGCACAAACCUGAAAAAAAAAAGUAUUUAUUUUAAAUUGUGGCAAAAUACUGGC